CCGGACGUCUGUCUGCAUACAGCAGGUCAGUCUGGACCCACCGUAACUGAUCGUCAGCUGGCGUUGACACAUCCGCUCACGUCCGGUCCGACAAAGCUUCCCAUCGGUCCCACAGAAUAUUAAUGAAUUCAGAAUCUCGGCAGCAGAUCUGAAGAGGUCCACUGACGCAGACAGUCGCUCAGCUUUGGCGCAAACGGGUGCGGUGACCUGCAGCUGCACACAAUGAUCCCCAAGAUUCCGCUGAGCCUCCAGUCUCUCCGGAGCAACUGUGCUUUUUCCAGAGCUGGAAAAGUUCUGCAGAGACCAGGGACACGUCAUCCAGGACUACCUGCAGCAAGCCGUUGCAUUCACGUGGACUCGCCGCCCAUUAUCCCAACUCUCACUACCAGCUAUGCCCACGGCACAUCUUCCACAUCCUUGCUCCAUUAUACAGUUGGAGAGGCCCUGCAGAGGACUGUGGAGCGCUAUCCUGACAGAGAGGCCUUGGCCUUUUCAGAAGAUGGAGUCCGCAAGACCUUUGCACAGUUUCAGCAGGAGGUGGAUCAAGCUGCAGCCGGCCUGCUGGCACUUGGGCUUACGAAAGGAGACCGGCUCGGCAUGUGGGGACCCAACAUUUAUGAAUGGGUCCUGUUCCAGUUCGCCACAGCCAAAGCUGGCAUUAUAUUGGUAUCCGUGAAUCCGGCGUACCAGCUGCAGGAAGUUGAGUUUGCGUUGAGGAAGGUGGGAUGUAAGGCUGUCGUUUGUCCUACGGAGUUUAAGAGUCAGAAGUACUGUGACAUGCUGAGACAGAUAUGUCCAGAGAUCGACUCGUCCACCCCGGGAGACAUCAAGAGCGCCAAACUCCCAGACCUCCGCUCUGUGAUCGUUCUGGGUAGUCGACAACCAGGAAUGUUCCACUUUGAGGACGUGAUGCAGGCGGGCAGCAGCCGGCACGUACAGCAGCUCCAGGAUCUGCAGAAGAAACUCUUCUGUGAAGACCCCAUAAACAUCCAGUUCACUUCGGGCACAACUGGCUCCCCAAAGGGCGCCACCUUGUCUCACUUCAACAUCGUCAACAAUGCCUACUUUGUUGGCAAAAGAGUGGGAUACGACUGGAAGCCUCACAGUCGUGUCUGUCUGCCUGUGCCCAUGUACCACUGCUUUGGCUCUGUGGGUGGUGGGAUGUGCAUGGCUGUGCACGGCAUCUCUCUGGUCUUUCCCUCGGCGGCCUACAAUGGAAAGGCCAACAUAGCAGCUCUGGAGAGCGAAAGGUGCACCUACGUCUACGGCACCCCCACCAUGUACGUUGAUAUGGUCAGCCAACCAGACUUAGAUAAAUAUGACUUGUCAUCAGUGGAGACCGGCAUCGUCGCUGGUGCUCCAUGUCCUCCAGAACUUGUGAAGAGGGUCAUCUCUAAAAUGGGCAUCAAGGGCUUGACAAUUGGUUACGGGACCACGGAGAACAGCCCUGUGACGUUCUGCGGCCACCCGGCGGACAACCUGGAGAGGAAGUCCGAGACGGUCGGCUUCAUCAUGGACCACUUAGAGGCUAAAAUAGUGAACCCAGCGACAGGCGAGGUGCUGCCUCUGGGGGAGAUGGGGGAGGUUAUGAUCAGAGGCUACUGUGUGAUGUUGGAGUACUGGGAGGAUCGAGCCAAAACAGAGGAGUGCAUCACUAAAGACGGCUGGUACAAGACGGGAGACAUCGGCAGCCUGGACGCGUACAGCUACUGCCGGAUCGACGGCAGGAUUAAAGACAUGAUCAUCAGGGGAGGAGAGAACGUUUAUCCGGCUGAGAUCGAGCAGUUCCUGCACACACACCCCAAAGUGAAGGAGGCGCAGGUGGUCGGGGUGAAGGAUUCCCGUAUGGGUGAAGAAGUCUGUGCCUGCAUCAAGCUGAUGGACGGGCAGGACUGCACUGAAGAGGAACUCAAAGCUUACUGCAAGGGGCAGAUGGCUCACUUCAAGAUUCCUCGCUACGUACUCUUCGUCACCAGCUACCCGCUCACUGUUACUGGAAAGAUCCAGAAGAAUAAACUCCGCCUGGAGGCUGAGAAGCUGCUGGGGAUGGAUGAGGGAAAAUGACGGGGCCACCUCGCGUGUAAAGAGCAUUCAGUUGCCGUGAACCACAAACACCAAUUGGGAUGAACACCCCUCCAUCAGAACAUCUCAACACGUCUCCAGAAGUAACAGCAGACGGUAGAUGUGUGAUGGCUGGGUAUGAAGCUACACGCUGAGCCACAUGGUCGUCUGUAUCCUCUGUAACCAGCUGUUAAAGGGAUGAGUGUAGUCAAAUUACGCAUUUUUCUUACUGUCAACAAAUCCCAUGAAAUGACCAAAACCAACAAUUAAUUGAUGUUAGAAGUAUUACCUGUGUAUACUAAAGUACAAAACACUGUUGCUUCAAUAGCAUGAACACACCAAUGUCCUGCUGCCACAAAUACUCACUGAGCACCAAAUAUGCAUGAAUCCACAGCUGAAAAUAGCUCCCAGCUAAUGCAUCAAUUACUAAUAAAUGUGGGUCUCACAGGCAGCAGCAGUAGGAAAAAAUAGCAAUAGAAGAGAGAAAUAUAAAAUACAAACAUAUAUGCAUGCUUACAGGCAACUAGCUAAUGGUGAAUGUGUACCUUGAAAUAAAGUGUUAGCAAAAACAUCCUACUCUGUAAUGUAGGUGUAACAGAAAUGUGAAACCAAAAGCGACAGACGGAUCUCUCUCCGUCCGUCUCACUGCACUCAAACAGCACUGAAGAACAGUGCAGAACCUGGAGUGGAACCACUCCGUUCUCCACAGUUCCUGUUUUAUCCUGCUAUAAAAAUAUAUUUUACAUCAACUUGAAAUAAACUUUGUACCACAUUAUUAAAACCAGG